AUGUGGGAAUUAAUAUCUGGAAUUUUUCCAUUUAAUAAUGAAACUCAUAAUUUUCAACUUAGGUUAAAUAUUUGUAAAGGUAAAUGUCCUAAAGAUAUUGAAAAUACUCCACAAUGUUAUAUAAGAUUAAUGAAAAG